AUGGCGACAGGUAGCCCUAAAACCCCGAAACCCUCAUAUGCAGCGGCACUUUCUGCAGCCUCUCCAGUUUCCUUUGCCAUUGCUGAUCUACCGGUUCCUUUUAAGGACGAUGGUCUACUUUCUGUUCGAAUUUCUGAGGAGCCCUUCCUUCGAGAGCUUGAUCGAUGUAAGACAAACUUAAUUGGUCGUGUCACUACAUCAAUCAAGACUCCAGAUCUCGUACAACACUUGAAGACACUUUGGUCUGACCUUGAUCCUUGGACUAUUGCGCCCCUUGGUAGGGGUUUCUUCAUGCUUCAGUUCAGUACUCUGAUUGACAUGCAACGUGUCUGGGCAUUGGGGGCUGUUCGUCUCCACACGGGAAUGCUUCGGCUAAUCAAAUGGUCACCGGAGUUCUCUCCCUCAACUUACAAAAACACCUUUGCUCAAGUUUGGGUGAGAUUUUGGGAUCUAGGGUUUGCAUUCUGGGACCAGCAAACCCUAUUUGAAAUUGCUGCUGGUGUGGGUACUCCUCUAAAGCUUGACCCGAGAACAAAGAACAGGACAGUGGGUCUAUACGCCAGAGUCUUAAUCGAUGUUGAUUUCUCCAACCCACUUCCGGAUAAGAUCAGAAUAACUAGGGCUAACGGUGAAGUUGUGGUGGUCGGUGUAGAAUUUGAAUCUGAACCAGAAAUAUGCCACAAGUGUGGGAUCGUUGGUCAUACAGCUGAUACAUGCAGAUCUCCUUCUGCCCUAACGGAGGAAAAUGUGAAUGUUAGCUCUGACACAAUAGUUGAUCGUGGAAGAUCUUUGGUGCGGUCAAGACAGAGACGAAGAAGGCAUCGGACGCCCAACGCGGUCUCCCUCUGA